AUGGAACUAUCUUUUACUCAGGGACGUUGGAACCACGAACAAUGGGGCGGGUUUGACCCUUUAUCAAGUAUGAAUGCAAAACCUGUUGGGGUUGAGCUUUGGGCUGUGUUUGAUGUUCCUCUGUCUCAGGUUGAUACUUGUUGGAAGAACUUAACCAACGCACUGUCUGGGCUUUUCUGUGCUUCUAUCAACUUUCUUGAAUCUCCAGCUUCAUAUGCUUCCCCUUCUUGGAGGUUUGGUCCAAACUCAAACAAGCUGAGAUAUGGUUCUCUGCCACGCGAAGCCGUUUGUACUGAGAACUUGACGCCUUGGCUCAAACUGCUUCCGUGUCGAGACAUGGAUGGGAUAUCUACGGAUUCCUACAUAUUGAUGAAUAUCCUCCAGAUGCUAAUCAAGGAUUUGACAUUCCAUCGGCUCUGA